GAGUAGUUAAUUUUAAUGUUUUAGUAUUUCAGAUAUUUUGUUAGUGGUUUUUAAUAUAAAUAUGAAUAUAUGAAUAUAACAAUGUUUAAAAUCAAUGGAAACCAAUUGGCUUUCAUUAGUGUUACUGGAGCUGGCUUAGCUUUAGUUGCUUAUAUAUUAUUUGGUCCUUCAGAUAAACCAAAAUCUACAAAAAAACGUGGUUUUUGUGGAUUACAAAAUUUAGGAACUACUUGCUAUUUAAAUACAUUAUUGCAAUCACUUGCAUCUUGCCCUAUGUUUAUUCAGUGGCUUGAUCAACAAUCAAAGUCUUCAACCGUAUCAUACACUUUAAAUAAAACACUCAAAUUUUUAACAGGAGCAAGGUACAAUGAUGAUGGUAUUUUAUCUCCUAUAGAAUUAGUAAAUACUUUAGAAAAAGUUGGAUUUCAUUUCAAACCUCACCUUCAGGCUGAUGUUCAUGAACUAUUUAUUCAUUUAUUAUCUGUGAUUGAAGAUGAAGCUUAUAAGACAAGUUGUAGUUUAGCUGAUUGUUUAGAGGAAACAAAUGGAAAUUUAGUAAAAAAAGAAAAUAGUCAAAAUUUAAUUCAAAUUAAAAAUAAUGUCAAUAUUGAUGUAUAUAACCAAUUUAAAUCAAAAGAAAAUGCAUUACCUAAUAAUAUUCUUAAUAUUCCUGGAAAUAUAAUGUUUCGAAGUGAUAGAAAAUCAUUGGAUAAAAAUCAAAAUAUUAAACCAGCACCUUUUCUUGGUUAUUUAUCGAAUAAUAUUGAAUGUUCUUUAUGUCAUCACAAGUCUUCAUUAAAUUAUGAAAAGUUUUAUGUUAUAUCAUUGAAUUUACCUGAGCACCCUCAACUGAAAAUAGAAUUAACAGAUAUUUUAGAACAGUAUAUCAAAAAAGAAAAUCUUGAAAAUCUACCAUGUACAAACUGUGAUAAAAAUAAUAUUGUUACUGAUGGAAAUUCUUGCACAAAAAGUGUCAAAUUUGGAAAGUUGCCUUCUUGUUUAUGUCUUCACUUAGUAAGAACUCAAUAUUCUAAAGAUAGGCCAUUAAAAAGAAAUGAUUUUGUUAACUUUCCUGAAUAUUUACAUAUGGAUAAGUAUACUAGUGUUUAUGACCAACUAAGUAAACUCAGACAAUCUAGAGAAGAUUAUCCAACUGAAUCAAUUGAAAGAUUAAGAGGAAAUAAGUAUACAUUCAGAUUAAAAGCUGUUAUUGUCCAUGUUGGUGAACAUAAUGCAGGUCAUUUUAGUACUUACAGAAGAGGCAUCACCUCAGAUCAUUCUAGACACAGGUGCAGUGAUACAAGGUGGUACUUCACUUCUGAUGCACACAUUGAAGAAGUUACACUACAGCAAGUUCUACAAUCAGUUGCCUAUAUUUUAUUUUAUGAAAAAUGUGACUCAUAAUAUAUAAUAGUGCUUAGAUGGAACAAAUUAAAAUGAAAAGUUAUAGUUAAAUUUAUUUUUUCACUUUAAGACUGCCUUAUUAAAUACCAAGACUUAAAAUAGUUGUUUUUCUUAUGUACAUUGUUGUUUUGUUAUGAUGUACUUGUUUAUAUAUAUACUAGGUUAGUAUAUUAAAAUAUGAUUUAUUAGAAAUUCCAGAACUGUAUUCAUGUAUAUCAUAAAUCUAUUAGU